GAAGUUUCUCUCCGCUGCGCUGCUCUGCUCUGCUCUGCUCGGUCGUCGGUGGUUGCCGACUGCUGAACCUCCGCAGUUGCAGCUGCUGCCUCCCCUCUCUCUCUCGCCGUCUACGGUUCCUGCAGCCACCCUUUGAUUGCCCAGCUGGAAGUCCAAGAGCUCAAAAUUUUCAGUAAGUGGGAUUAACUGCUGCACCAUUGCCGUCCCAUCUGUCUCUGUUCCGGAUGGCUACACUUGGGGCAGUAACGCGGUUCUUAAGAAGAUUCAGCGCCUUAUCCAUCAACCCUUUACGCGUCUGCAUCGUCGGAAGUGGGCCUGCGGGCUUCUACACUGCUGAGAAGGUGUUGAAAACUCAAGAAGCAGCCCAAGUUGAUGUCAUUGAUCGCUUGCCCACACCUUUUGGAUUAGUGCGCUCUGGUGUUGCGCCCGACCACCCGGAAACAAAGAUUGUUGUCAACCAAUUUUCCCGUGUAGCCCGACAUGAGAGGUGUUCAUUUCUCGGGAACAUUACCCUCGGUUCUGCCAUCUCUCUGCCUGAGCUUCGAGAGCUAUACCACGUGGUUGUGCUCGCUUACGGUGCUGAAAGUGACAGAACUCUUGGCAUUCCUGGAGAGGAUUUGUCCGGUAUACAUUCAGCUAGAGAGUUUGUCUGGUGGUAUAAUGGGCACCCAGACUACAAGAAUAUGGAUCCGGAUCUGAUAAAUACACAUACAGCUGUGAUUCUUGGUCAGGGGAAUGUUGCUCUCGAUGUAGCACGCAUACUUUUAAGACCGACUGAGGAAUUGGCAACUACAGAUAUUGCUGAGCAUGCAUUGACUGCCCUAAGAAGGAGCUCCAUAAGGAAAGUCUAUUUGGUCGGAAGGCGUGGGCCAGCACAAGCAGCUUGUACUGCAAAGGAACUACGUGAAAUUCUUGGUAUCAAAGAUCUACAUAUUCACAUACAGGAAUCUGACUUGCUGAAGUCCCCUGCAGAUGAGGAAGAGCUGAAGAAUAACCGAAUACAUAGGAGGGUCUAUGAGUUGCUCUCAAAGGCAGCCACUACAAAGGCUUCACUUCCUGUAGGAGAUCACCGCGAACUCCAUUUUACUUUCUUCCGCAAACCAGACAGAUUUCUGGAGUCAGAAGAUAGACCUGGGCAUGUUUCAAGAGUCCACUUAGAAAAGACAUGUCUAAAAGGUGAUGAAUCUGGAAAACAGAUCGCUGUUGGCACUGGAGAAUUUGAGGACCUGAAGUGCGAGAUGGUACUAAAGAGCAUCGGCUACAAGUCAGUUCCUGUCGAUGGAUUGCCUUUCGAUCAUCGGAGAGGUGUUGUCCCAAAUGUCAGGGGCCGAGUUAUAAGCGAAAGCUCAGGGGAUUCUGCAGCGCUGGAACCUGGCUUGUAUGUCUGUGGGUGGUUAAAGAGGGGACCUACUGGAAUUAUCGGCACAAACCUUCAAUGCGCGGAAGAAACUGUUUCCAGCAUUUCCGAAGAUCUUGAGAAGGGGUUGUUGCAGCCAUCUGCACAAAAACCAGGAAGGGACGGUCUGCUCCAAUUAUUGGAUGAUCGGAACGUGAGAGUGGUCCCAUUCAGUGGGUGGGAGAGGAUCGACUCCGAGGAAAGGAGAUUCGGAAGCCUGAGGAACAAGCCCCGUGAGAAGUUGGCUUCUUGGGAUGAACUGCUGAAAGCUUGUUCCGAUUAAAGCCAAUGUGCAGUUCCGGUGUAUUGUUUAAUCAGUUUUGAGAAGCCGAAUGACUUGUGUUAUCGAAACAAUAAGCACCAAUAUACAGUUCGGGAGGCACGUCUUCUCAAGCCCCUGCCAUUGCUAUCUGCAUCAUUAGGCAGAUAAACAUGCUAGAGGCAGAUCGUCCAGUGAUCAAAUUACAGUUUGAUCAAUCAAUAAUUGUAUUAAUUGAUUAUCAACAUUAUAAUGGUUCGAUUUGAAAGGACAGAGGGUAAGCUUGUGCAGUUAA